CGCUCAAGCGCUUUGAUUGAUUUCUGAGUGUGGUUUGACUUUGAAGGCUUUAUCAAGCGAAUUGAGACUUCAACGAGGACUAUUUACGUUGACAAAAGAGAGCUACACGGUAAAGAGAGCCUCUCUCCUCUCUAGCUCUUGUCCUGUUGUCACCCCCUGCUCCAGCAUGGACCUUGGAGUGACCCAUCGCCAACGCCACAACCCUGUUGACAGCAUCUGUCGUAAGCUGCAGACCAUCCAGCGGCACGACCGUGAGGUUAACCCCUCCUCGCCCUUCCAGAUCCCAAAAUUCACUUCCAGCAGUUACGACAGCCCCCAGUCCGGCUUGCACCGCAACCUGGAAGUUAUCAUGAAGAAGCGCGAGAGGGAGGGGCUGUUAACCCCCAAGGGUUCAUCCCAGCUUCCCAGGAGCUCCCACUGUCCCAACUCCACCCCUGUCAACCCCACCAUGAACCCCCCAACCCCAGUCAAUUCUACUUUCACAAUCACCAGUAAUCCCGGGGAGUGGAGGGGGGUAGGGGUGGGGUUAGGAGGGCAAGGGAGAGGAUGGCAGAGGAUCUGCUCCACCCCAGCUGUCCAGACUGGAGACACGGUUUUUAGCUUCUCUCACGGUCCCCAGUUUACUCAGCCUGAGGAGGGGACAGGGUCUGACGGCAGUGAGAGGCACAGGACCCCAUCUCUGUCCCAAACUCACACACCUGCACAUAGCCUGCUGUCCUAUAACCUCAACUUCUGCUCUUCGGACGCCACUGCCAACCUGCUGCAGAGUGAACUGCCUUACCCAGCCCUGGUUGUCAAGAGACUGUCCAUGGGAGAUGGAGCCAUGUCCCCUGAGAACCAAAAGGAGAUGGCUGAGGUCAGUCUGAUCUGCGAAGAGGAUUUAUUAGACACCAUUUUCCACGCUUGUGACACCCAGCGCAGAGGUAAGGUGUAUGUGUCUUGUAUCGUGGACUACCUGCGCCACACCACCAGCCGUGGUUCUGAGGACAGUGGGCUGGAGGACCUGUGUAAUAUGCUGGACCCAGAGCACAAAGAUGUCUCCAUAGACUUGGACACCUACCACGCCAUCAUGAAGGAGUGGAUAGAUGACUGCAGAAAGAAUGAGGACGACACACCAGAGGACCUGACUCAAGAUUCUGUCAGACUCCGAGACAACCUGUCAGUUAAGAGGUCUGUCCUGCUGAACAUGACCUCAGGCAGUCUGGAGGCAUUCGGAGGGGAGGUGUCACGAGCAGAUCUUGAGACGUCAGACCUGGUGUUCUGUGUGUCCGACCUGCAGUUCAGUAACCAGAAGCUUCAGCAGGAGGUGAGGAAGCUGAAGCAGAGCAUGGAGACCAUGGAGGACCAUAACCAGAAACUAGCAGAGGAGAACGAGGAGCUCAAGUCACAGGCCAGACUAGGCCAGCAGCUGGCGCAGAAGGAGAAGAUGUUGAAGGAUGAGGUGGAGGAGAUGAAGAUGAGUCUGAGCUGUACAGAGGAGGGCAGAGCCAGGGCCUCGGCUCAGUGUAAACAUAUGGAGAGAGAGAACCAGAGUCUGAUUGCAAAGAUAAGCUGUCUUCAGGAUGAGAACAUCAAGGUCACCAUGGAGAUGGAUGACCUCCAGAAGAGGAUGAUUGAACUGUGUGACCUAAAUGCUGAGCUGCAGGUCCAAAACCAUUCCUUCGAUGCGGUCGUGAGUGAAAAGGAAGCCCUCAUACUCCAGAAGUGCAGACAGAUUGAGGAGCUGAAGGGUGCCGUGGUGGAGUACUCGUCGGUCACAGAGCUGUUGAGAGCAGACAAAACCAAGCUGGAGAGACAGAUGCACAUGAUGCAGCCAGACUUGGCAGUUGCAGGUCUCUCCCUGUCGGUGGCGUACAGGUUGAACCAGAGCACUUCAGGAUCCCUGCAGACAGAACUGGCCCUUGCUCAAACACCUCCGGAGGGUGCGGAGUGUGUGUCGCCGCUGAGCUUUGCAUCUGCGCUAGAUGAGACUCUGGACAGGGAGGUGUUACUGCUCCUGCAGGGCCCCACACCUGACCAGAUGUCCCUGGAGUUCAAGAGCCUCGUUAACAAACUGAAGAGAGAUUUUAAGGACGAGGGCCUCUCCGUCUUGUCAACACUCAGAGGACUCAUACACCACUAUGGAGGACCAGGGGCUAGUAACGACCCCAGACUGCAGGCGGUGCAGUCUGAGCUGGAUCAGAGGAGGUCAGAGUGGGGCCUCAGCCUGGAGCAGUUGGACCAGUACACCGACUCCCUGGAGAAAGAACUGAUCAAGAUGGCCAGCAACAUAAGGAGGUCCCGCACUGAGAUACUACACCUGUCUGUCAGGGUUCAGGAGCAGGAGAAUCAGAAGCAGCAGCUGCGUGAAGAGUUGGACCAGCUAAAUACCCCGGGGGACAGCAGGGAGGCCAGCUGCCAGACCCCCGACGAAGACCCACAGGCUGGGGAGGACCUGGACUGGGACGAGGAGUUUGUCCUCCAAGACUUCCUGAAGAACGAGGGGGUGGAGACGUACAGGGACUUCAAGAGUCAGGAGACAGGCCCGACGGACGGGAGGACGGACGAGGACAGACUGACGGAGAGAGGGGAUCAGCCUGGAGAGGGGGAGGAGGAGGAGGAGGAGGUGGGGGAGAGGUGGACCGUGGUGGGGGGAGAGGGACAGGAGGGGGGACCGAGGGGGUUCUCCCUUCUCUCUCCUCUCUUAGAAAAAAGUGAACCCGACCAGGCGGAGGGAGAGGAUCUGAGAGAAACCACAGCGUCAACAGACAGUGACCAGUGGGUGAACAGUCUAUCCCCACAGGGUGCCAAACUACCAGAAUGCUUUGGGCCUGAGGACACCCACCAGCAGGCUGUUGACACCGAGGAGCAUCCACUCCCUCCCUCCCACUCUUCUCUAUUGGAUACAAUGAGCCCUGACACCAUAGUGCCUCUUCUUCAAGACACACCUCAGCCUGGCUCACCAGAACAUGACAGGACUGUCACUGCUGGGAACAGUCCACCCCCCAGGCUGGCUGAGAUGGUAGCUCCCAGCUGCACUUACCCUGUGAUGGAUGAGACCAUUUUACUGACUGGAAGCCCCCAGCAGACAGAUGGCAGUGGAAGAGGAAAAGGAGGAGAGGACAACAUCACCUCAACCAAUAUGAGUGACGCGCAGAAGCUAACCCAGGACGAGCUGGCUGAGAGAGUGUUAGCAGAGGACAGCACCAGCCUGUUACCAGUACUAGAGGAGGAGGAGGAGGGCAUACAGGAGUCAGUGGUGCAGGUGCCGACAGUGGAGGUGGACUUGACAGGGACAGUCAAUCUGGCAGAGGACGUAGGCUCUCAGACCAUGGAUGGACUGAAUGUUGCACCCACUGACCCAUCACAGUGUCCAAGGGAUGCUAUGACGCCUGACCCCUCAGGAGCCAAAACUGACUCCCUGGUUCUCAGGAGCAAGUUCAAGAAGGAACUGGAGCUGUCUCACAGUAUGGAUGUCAUCGAGGAAGGGAAGGUACAAGAGGACCUGAGUGAAACCAGUGUUACCACAGAGAAGGACAUCGAAACCUCUGUUGUUUCUGAGGACUCAACCGUAGGUGACAGAAGCAGCCUGUCCCCUAACGACAAGGAGAUUGAGGUAGUGACGGAGUUCCAGCGCCUGUCCCUGGGCUUUAAGUGUGACCUGUUCACCCUGGAGAAGAGGCUGAGGCUGGAGGAGAGGUCACGGGACCUGGCCGAGGAGAACGUCCGGAGGGAGGUGUCCAGUUGCCAGGGACUACUACAGGCCCUGGCCCCUCUGUGUGAGGAUGAUAACCAGUCUAUGGAGAUCAUCCAGAGACUUCAGAAGAACCUGGACAUCCUCAUCCAGUCCAUGACCAGAGUGUCCAGUCGCUCAGAGAUGCUGGGCGCCAUACACCAGGAGUCUCGUACAGGCAAGGCAGUAGAGAUAAUGGUCCAGCAUGUAGAGAACCUGAGGAGGAUGUACACUAAGGAACACGCUGAGCUCACUGAGCUGAGGGAGAACAUGCUGCAGAACGAGAGGUCCUUCGGCUCCCACUCUGGAGGAACACACUCCGGUCAGGGACACGCAUGCGCACACACACACACGCACACCUCUAUCUUAUGUUUCUUUCUAAUACUGAAUAUGUUUCCUUCAGAUGAUUUCAGAGGCAAGAAACAAUCUGGAUCAACGUACUAUAAGGCAUCAGCCCGACGGGUCAGCAUAGCAGCUAUCCCCCGAUCCGGUGGGGGAGGGGGACCCAUGCAUUUUGACACGCCCAAUAAAGCACAGGACACCGCAGAGACGGAGGCGGAGAGACUCACCCGCAGAUCUCCCUGGAAUGUGACAGGGAAGAGCACGGCACGUCCUCCUCUAAAGCGCUUUGUUAGCUCCGGGGCGUGGGUUGAGACUGACGAGCCCUCCCUCGUGAUGCUGAUGAAGGGGCCUGCCUACGACACAGACUCCCCUUCAGAUGAGGAGAGGAGGGAAGUGCCCGUUCAGAGGAAGUCCAGUCUCACUGAGCUGGGCAACAAAAUCACCGCCCUGAUUAUGCCCAACAAGACUCCCAUCCUGACAGAGCAGGCCGCAGCAGCCCCGGGUUCAGGCUACUCCUCCCAGCCUGCGUCUGCAGCCAGUGGGUCCCGGGGACUGUGGCUGUGGCUGGCCCUAGUAGUGGUCCUAGCAGGCCUCCUGGCCCUCCUAGCCAGCCUGGUGCUGCAGCCGGCCGUGGAUGCAGCGCCCGUGGGGACAGGGGACUCCUGGGUGACCAUCCAGCAGCUCCUGUGGCCCUACACAGGGCUGAGGCACAACGGACAGCCACCGGUUUAGAGGGGCUGUGGCCUCAACAGACAGAGAUGGACGGGCAGGCAUCUGGCUAUGGUCAACCCCUGGAAGGUCUUCUGCAACUUGAACCAUCACGUGUAUUAGACUAGUUAGUGUGUGAAGAAAGAGCACUUGAAGACAGAAUCACUCGUUGUGUUGGUACUGAAGUUUCUGAACACUGACCACCACAGCUAAGGGAGAUUUCCUAUUUGUGCCCGGAGACAUUCUGCUGCACCGUUACAGAAGGGAGAUUGUAAUGUUAUCGGCCGUGGUAUAUGUGGGCACAAUGUUGUCCAAUCAAGUCAAGGAGGACACCGGCGUUGUGCUGUCCAAUCAUGUAAUGGACUUCAACGCAUGCUAUCCAAUCACGUCACACCUUUUUUGAGCGUUUGUUGGUCCAUCAACAUGCUUGCUUAUGGACAGUAGAUUUAUCAGUUUUUGCUUUUUUUUAACACAUUUCAUAGUAAACUUCUGAACCUAUGGCAUUUGCGGUUGCCUGAAGAGGCCACCAAGUUGUUGUAGGUGAAAUAGUUUUUUUUUUAAAUACAUUUAUGAACCUUGGUAAUACACUGCCAUUUUUUUUAUGUUUAAUUUAUUGUUUGACAGCAUUAGACUGUGUGGGGAUAGGAAUAUCUAUUAUAUUGCAUCUGUUUUUGUUAAACUCACACAUGGUUUUUACUCUACUUCUUUAAGUGCUCACUUAUGAAAUUCAUUCACUUUUGUUUGUUCCAAAGAGGGGGACUUUACACAAUAAAGGAACAGAAAUAAACGUU